GCCCUUCUCCCCCCCUUUCGAUAUAUGCACGUGGUUACCUGAGGUGCUACGACUCUCUAUGGAUCUCUAGAUUAAUUAAAUGCAUAACAGUACUCGAAAGUGGUACACCCGAUCGUCCCAUAAGCGCCUGAUCCGACUCGCGUUGUACCGUGAUUUUACGGUCGGCAUCCGAUAGACAGCUAAAGUCCCUCUUUCGCCGGGGGGAAAUUCAGUCUCCUCGUCACGACAAAUGGCAGACGACCAUGAGAGCCCCUCCUCCGUGGAGGCGGCGCCGGUAGAAUCGCUCAUCCAGGGGCGUGCGAAGCGAAGCACUGCUGGACUUCAUAUGUCAGCCCUCUUGGACGCCGCUGCAGACGAUGACCUUGCGCUCUUGUUCGAGGAAGUGGAGGAUGAUAAUGAGUUUGCAAUUGAUGCAGAGGAGGAAGGGGGAGAGGAGGAUGAUAUGCGUUUUGAAUCUUCCUCGGACGACGAGGACGACCAAGGACCCGACGCGCGGGCGGACGAACUGGAGGGCGAACAACAGCUACAGAAGGAAGAACGACAAGAGCGAAAGAAGCGACGGGCGCAAGAAGAUAUUCGGUUCAAGAUAGCCAGCAAGAAGGUCAAAAUUGACCCCACGGCCGUGUCCGCAGUGCCCGCCCCUCGCCCGAAAAAGAAGUCAGAACGUAUCUCAUGGAUCCCUACGCCGGAGGAAGGGCCCACGCGGUCGUCCUCUCGUCGUCAGACCAUGCAAAACAAAGAACUUACGCAUGCACGUCUCAAGGAUAGCGAAGAAAAGCGCAUUCGCCUCAUAGCAACAAUGGAGGAAGCCGCCAAAAGGAAAGCCCAGUUCAAGCCAAAGGAGAUGACGCAAGCUGAGCGUCUUGCGGAAGCCGAAAGAGUGGAAAGACACAACAGCAAGAGUCUCAACCGGUGGGAGGAAAUGGAAAAGAGAAAGGCCGAAGAACGACUUGCGAAAAUCGAAGCCCUUCAGAACCGCCGCCUUGAAGGCCCAGUCAUGUCGUAUUGGAGUGGCAUAGCAACAUGGGUUAAUGGUCGCUUAACGCGCAUCGGCAAAGUCGAUGUAACGCCAAAGCCAGAGAAGGAGGACAAUGCACGCAGGAAAAGCAAGAAGAUGGACAAAGAAAGCAAAAAUGUGAUAGAGCAAAAACCGACCGAGGAUGCUGCUGCUGCUGGGUCUGCCACGUCGCAAACAGCCCCUCCUUCCACCCAGACUGAGAAUUCAACUCUACCACAAACAUCUACCGACGGAGAGCCGGUGAAGCAGAACCACGAUCCUGAGCACCAACAAACAACCUCCGAACCCAGUCAAACCAAUGGCGCAAUAUCGCAAGACAAACCCGCCGAUGCUGUAGUAGAGGCUCCCGCGUCCACUCAUGCGCCUACGGAGACUAAUGCUGCUGCUGAGCCUGUCCAACCAUCCACAUCUGCGCUCAACGAUGGGUCGGGUACAGAGGCAGCACCAGACGCAGCUUCUCCAAAGACCGAACCCGAGAAGUCUGAGGGAGCUGCUGAAGCUCAGGCUACAGAUGCAGCUCUACAAGAGGGAAAAGUGGAUGAAAAGCCGGAUAUACAGCAACCAGAUGAGACGCCUAUACACGCAGCUGAAGCUCAACAGUCCACGUCGCAGGUGUCUGGUAAGAACUCAGCAAUUGAGUCCGAGAAGCAGCCUGACCCAGAUCCACCAUCUGCAGAUGCGAAUUCAGGUGAUGCAUUGACAAAAUCAGCUCCUGAACCCCCCGCAGCCACUCAAAAAGUGUCUGAGACUGCAUCCACGGCGCCACCGCAGGUUUCCCCUACUGCAACCCCGGAUGCUACUGAUGCCCCUCCACAGCCCGCUCUGCAAGAGACUGCACCCGGUUCAACAGAACCAAGACAAGAGGCCCCAGAGGUAUCUGUGGACCAGCCAGCUGUCGUGAAUGAAGAAACUCCACAACCACAAGUUCCAGAGGUCCCUCCAGUUAUAGAGCAGACAGGACGAAACCUUACGGUGUUGGAAAACUUUGAUGACAAGACUGCCCAGAGUCGCGAGUUCAGCAUCUAUUUCAACGCGAAGAAACCUCCUAGGCUAACCAAGAUUUCGUCUUCGCUCUGCGUUAUUACAUCACUUCCCUCGCGCUAUCGGGACCCCGAAACGUCGUUGCCCUUCGCAAACUCCUACGCUUACAAUGAAAUCCGACAUACCGUGGCGCAGAAGUACAGCUGGAGCCCAAUGCUUGGGUGUUACGUUGGCCCUGUCGGGGUUGCUGCGCGAGGAGUUCCAGCGCGGUUUUUGGGUGGCGCUGAAGCAGAAGAGGAAGCUAAAGAGGGCGAACAGAGUGAUAAGGACGGCAGCAACGAAGCUGCUACAAACAAGACCGAGAGCGGACCAAAGGCGCCCUCCGGCGAUGCUCCCACUCUAUCUACCUCGAGCCCUUCAGCUGCAGCUGCAGCUGCACCCACACCCGCUGCGGCUGCCGCGGGCGAUCCGAUGGAAAUUGAUACAUGAUUAUAGCAGCCUGACUGCGAGGUCAGGACGAGCAAAUGGAGCGUUGAGUCAUUGU